AUGAUUACAAUAUGCAGCGAAGAAGUAUUAAAGCUUCAGCUUUUCACUGAUGGAUCGCUGUUUCAAAACUUACAUUUAAACAAAUACGGAAAACGCUUUGUGAACAAACAUUUUUCGAUGGAAACUACCGAACGAUUUUUCGCAGUAAUGAGUAACGAGGGAGGGAAUCUGAAAUUUGAAACUAUGAAGGAUUAUCUCUCUAAAAUCCAAUUUGAUCGAGUAGAACGACAAAUUAACAAGGCCUCUAAUUUCCUGAUAAUCCUUUCAAAUAAAUCUGUGCUAAAAAAUCACAAUGUAAAAGCACUGAUAUGGACAUAUCUGUGUAAACUGAAAAACAAAAAAAAAACUAAAUAG